AAAGUGCAGCAAAGACGGUCAUGCAGAGUCCCCACGCAUUCUUCAUUCAACUCCAAGCCAUCAUGAAGUUCUACACUGUCCUUCUGCUUUGUUUCCUGUUCAACUUCACACAACAGCUGAGUCCACAAGAUCACUGUGCAUGCGCUCUGACUAACAAAGACAAGGCAUUCCCUCAUGACACCCUCAACUCAGUGAACGACGAUGCGUCAAAAUGCAAUCAGGAUGUAACACCACAGAAGUCUCUGGAAAUUGAGCGCCUGCUGCUUGGUUUGGAACAUCGUUUGCCGCAACUGCUAGAAGACGUGUCCAUCUUGGAGAAGGAGGACGAUGGUGAUCUUUAUGGAGUUGUCAGCCUGCAGGUGAUCGAGAACGAGCUGAAGGAGAUCAAGGACCAUGUUGACAGGCUGAAGAGAACCACCCAAGGACACCAGCACCUUUCCACCGACUCUACCAAACAGUUGACGAACCUGAGAGCGGAGCUGCAGGACUUGGAGAUGUAUGACACCUUUCAGGUGGAGAAGAAACGACAAGAUAACCAGCGCCUGAAGAGAGCCUUGAACGAGUGCAAGGGAGAACAUGAACUCGACACGCAGCCCACACCGCCUCCACACGGUUUGUGUCCCCAUGGCAGGUUUAUGAACAUUACCGGGCCUGAGGUCUUUUCAGCAGGAGAGUAUCCUGGCUCCUUCAAGUAUGGAGCCUGGGGUCGUGACCCAAAACCAGAGGCGGGGAAAGAGAGAUGGUACUGGCGGGUGAUGCUGACCAGCAACAACAGAUACGCCAACUAUGUCCGUUUUUACUCCAGCCUGAGCACUCUGGUUGUAGGAGUGGGCAUGCCAGAUAACGUCCAGAUCCAUGUCGCCAAUCCAACCACCAACACCGUUCAAGGACCAAACGUUGUUCUGUAUGAAAAGGCCUUGUACUACAAUUGUUAUAACAAAGACGAUGUUUGUCGGUUCAACCUUACAUCCAAAACCGUCUCCACCCUGGAGUUACCCAAAGGCACCAGAUAUAACUCCAAGGGAAAUUUCUGCCACUUGGAAGAAUGCUACCCAUACACUGACAUUGACCUGGCAACAGAUGAGUCAGGCGUUUGGGUGAUCUACAGCACCGCCGAGAACUUUGGCAACCUGGUGUUGUCCAAGGUGGAGGAAGGAGAACCACCCACUCUCGGCCAAACUUGGCACACCUCGCUCUUCAAGCAGGCGGUAACCAACACCUUCAUGGCCUGUGGCAUUCUGUACGGGACACGUUAUGUAGACAAGGACACGGAAGAGAUCUUCUACUCAUAUGACACCUCCACGGGAGUGGAGAAGUUCGACAUUGGCAUUUUCAUGACCAAGAUGGCACCUAACAUUUAUUUCCUGAAUUACAGCCCGAUAGACCGCAUGUUAUAUGUCUACUCUGAAGGCAACAUGGUCUCCUACAAGGUUUUGUUUGAAUGAAUGCAACUGGCGACUGAACUGUAAAACUCGGUAAGAAAGUUAAAUAACAAAUAAAAGUAAAAAAUCAGUAUUUUUAGUAA